AUGUAUAACUUGAGCUGUUACAACCCCAGUUCCUUCAUCCUUCUUGGAAUACCUGGCCUGGAAAAGUUUCACGUCUGGAUUGGGAUUCCCUUUUGUGCCAUCUAUGUAGUGGCUCUUGCGGGCAACUGCACCCUCAUCUACCUCAUUGUGGUUGAGCACAGCCUCCAUGAGCCCAUGUUUCUCUUCCUGUCUUUGCUGGCCACCACGGAUCUCAUCUUGUCCACCGCCACUGUGCCUAAACUGCUCACUAUCCUCUGGCUUGGCUUGCGAGAAAUAACCUUCUCUGGCUGUCUCACUCAGAUGUUCUUCCUCCACUUCAGCUUUGUGGUAGACUCAGCCAUCCUGUUGGCCAUGGCAUUUGACCGCUAUGUGGCCAUUUGUUUCCCCUUGAGAUACGCCACCAUCCUCACUCCACAGCUGAUUGUCAAGUUGAUGGUGACCAUUGUGGUGAGGAGCUUCCUGGUUAUCCUGCCAGUAGUUUUUCUGCUGAAACGGCUACCCUUUUGCAGGACUCACAUCAUUCCACACACGUACUGUGAGCACAUAGGUGUAGCUCGGCUUUCCUCUGCCGACAUCUCCAUCAACAUCUGGUACGGAUUUGCUGUGCCUAUCAUGACAGUCAUCACGGAUGUGAUAUUUAUUGCUGUUUCCUACAUCUUCAUCCUCCGUGCUGCUUUUCAACUCUCAUCCCAGGGUGCCCGCCAGAAGGCCCUGAGCACCUGCGGCUCCCAUGUCUGUGUUAUCCUCAUGUUCUACACUCCCGCCUUUUUCUCCAUCCUUGCUCAUCGUUUUGGGCAUGGUGUCCCUCGGAAUGUGCUCAUCUUGUUUGCCAACUUCUAUGUGGUCAUCCCUCCUGCUCUGAAUCCUAUUGUUUAUGGAGUAAAGACCAAACAGAUCCAGGAAAAAUUUCUUCUACUCUUCUCAUUUCAGAAGACACAAUGA